AUGUCACUACAGGCUCAGCGAUGGCAGAGGCUGGCAGUGCCAGCCACCUCCAUCCGAGAGGCCAACAGGAAGCAAGAUAAGAGCAACAAUAGCCAAAGGAAAGGGGUUCUCUGGGCCGAGGCCCAGAUAUGGACGCUGCUGCCCGUUCGCUUCCCCCGGGGCCGCCCCACCCGGAUCCACCCCACUGGGGCUUCUCCGGCCUCCCGCCCAAGCCCAGCGGGCUCUCGGGUCUCCCCGUCUCCCUCAGGUGCAGAGCGGAAGCCAAUGGGGUUCUGGAAGGGGCUUCCACCCCGGGUCCUGUCUCCCCCCCCAGGCAGAUGCCGGGUCGCUGCCGGCCGCAUCCCCUGCGCAGAAGGCAGGACCGCGGAAGCCUGUCUUGAAGCCGGCUGCUGCUAUGACACCUCGGAGGUGGAGGUUCCGUGUUUCUAUGGCGACACAGCCACCGUCCAGUGUUCCCAAGAGGGCCUCUUCGUCCUGGUGGUCUCCCAGAACACCACCGCCGAGAGGCAGGUCAGCCUGGAGAGCCUCCGGCUCGGCUACGCCUCGGGCGGCUGCGCCCCGAGCCAGAGGACGGAAGACUUCGUGGUGUUCCGCUUUUUGGUCACCCAGUGUGAGACCACCAUCCAGGUGGCCCACGGCCAGCUCGUCUACGAGAAUCAGUUGGUGUCGGCGAUCGACGUCCAGUCGGGGCCAGAGGGUGCCAUCACUCGGGACAGCAGCUUCCUCCUCCACGCUCGCUGCAUCUUCAACGCCAGCGACUUCCUGCCCCUCCAGACGGAAGUUUUCCGCUUGCCACCACCGGCUCCCGUGGUCCAGUCUGGCCCCUUGCACCUUGAGCUCCGAAUCGCCAAAGAUCAGAAGUACAGCUCCUACUACGACGCGAAGGACUUCCCCAUUUUCAAGACGCUGCGGGAGCCCACGCACGUUGAAGUGAGACUUCUCAGGAGGACGGACCCCAAUCUGGUGCUGGUCCUGCAUCACUGCUGGGCGACGCCCAGCACCAAUCCCUUCAGGGAGCCUCAGUGGCCUCUCCUGUUUGAUGGAUGCCCAUUUGCCGGGGACGGCUACAAGACCAAGCUGGUGCCCGAAAGGAAUACGUCGGAGCCCCUUUUCCCGACUCAUUAUCGACGUUUCACCGUGGCCACUUUUACCUUUGUCGACUCGGUCUCCCAGAGGGCUCUCAGUGGACCGGUUUACUUCUUCUGUAGUGCCUCUGCCUGCUCUCCCUCCGAGACAGAGAUGUGCAGGGCCGUGUGUCACUCGGGGGCUACAAAGCGGAGGCGCUUCAUAGAUCCCCACAUUGGCACGGAAGGAGCCCAGGACAUGGUGGGUUCUCCAGGCCUGGUAGAGUUGGGGGCUUCUCGAGGACAGAAGAGCAUCCUAACAAAAAAAGCUCCCCCCUCCGCAGAGCCCAGCGCGCCGGGUGCGUCCGUCUUCUCGCGGCCCGACGUCUUGGAGCCGCUCCCUCCAGAAGGGCCCUCCUGGAACGCGAGCCUGAAACCUUUGCUGUGGGCGAGCCUCUCCCUGGCCGUCACCACCACUUUCCUAGUGGGGGCUGCCCUCUUUGGAAGGACCCCGAAGCUUCGCAAGGGGAGCAGGGGAUGCAGAGAAGCUCAAUAAAGCAGAGUGGUGAU